AUGUUGGAGGGCCAGUAUUUACUUAUCAUAUGGAUAUAAUUAGCGGUGAUUUACGGACUUCUAGAGCGGAUUUAAAAGGUAUAAUCACAGGAGGUGUAGGGAAUUUUGCUUUUGCUACAAGAUUAGAAAGAAUUUGUGCAGAGGCAAAUGUAGACAUUGUUACUUCUCAAG